AGUCUUUCUCGAGAAAGAAAAAUUAGUUUUUUUAUCUUUCAAAAAGCUAUAUAGAUCAAGUGCAAAAUUGUGAAGUUUAUUAAUUUUCAAGUAUAUGAUAUUUAUCUAUUUAUUUAGUGUUAAUAAUAUAUUUUUAUUUAUCGUGAAAAUUUCAAUUUAAACAAUGGCUGAUAAAAGGUGUGAAAAAGUGGAUAAUUCGAAUUUGAUGAAAUUUAGUAUUGAAAGAUUGUUGGCGCCAAAUCGAAAAGUAAAUCAAGAUGAAGAUAAAAUUAUUAUUGAUUACAAAAGAGACACAAGUAUGAUAGCAAUACCUGACUCAUCAAUGUCAUCAGAGGAUACUGAUAAGCUUGAAGAGUUAGAUGUAAUUUGUUCAAUAACACCAGAAUCAGAAAUAAGUUACGAAGCUUGUACAAGUAGCAGCGGAGUAAAUUCCGUAAUUGACGGCAAUGAUAAAGACGAGAGAAGUUCCAGUGUGACCAGCGACGAGGACAGAAAAAAACGACCUCGUACUGCUUUUACAGCAUCACAAAUAAAAUCACUUGAAGCAGAAUUUGAAAAAAAUAAAUAUCUCAGUGUCGCAAAACGAUUGCAAUUAAGCAAAAGUCUCAAGUUAACAGAAACCCAGAUAAAAAUUUGGUUUCAAAAUAGAAGAACAAAAUGGAAACGAAAAUAUACAAAUGAUGUUGAAUUGCUUGCUCAACAGUACUAUUCAAGUCUUGGAAUUCCAGCACCAAGACCAAUAUUCGUUGGUGAUCGUUUGUGGUUCUUCAACUGUCCGGGACAAUCACAAUCAACAACGCCUCCAAUUUUACCACCACACAUGGGUCCACAUAUGUCACUACCACCAGGUUUACCAAUGGUUCAAACAUUACCAAGCAAUCUUUCAACAGGAACUCAAAAUGCAAUUUUCCGAAACAUAUCACCGAGCCAUGAAAUUCAUCAUCUCACUCAACAACUUGACUUUCGAAGGCAAGACAUAUGAAUGAUGAUUAAGAUAAAUUAAUUCGUAAUCAAUCAUCAUUCAACAUAAAGCAGCUAAUUCUUAUCAUUAUUAAAUAUUUUAUUUUAAUCUUCACAUGACAAAAUUUAAUGAAAAAGAAAAAAAAAAAAAAAAAGACUAAAAAUAAGUGAUUAAAUAAACCAAAUAAAAAAAAAAUUAAUCUGAUGGUGAACGUAGUCUAUUAACUCCUAAUAUUUUUUUAUCAUGAGCUUCUUGAUUUUGAAUUAUUUUAGCAUAUUUUUCAUUGUCAUGAAGAUCAUCAUCUUCAAGCAUUUCUUGCAUUCUUCUCUUGUAUCUAAAAAUAUUAUAUCAACAUUAUUAUUAUUGUAAAAAUUAAUGUUUUUUCUUUGUCAUUUAAUUGACUUACAUUUCACUAUCUGGAUUAUUUUCCUGAUUUCUACAUUUAUCGAGUUUUUUUUCCAAAGCUUUGACAAUUUCUUUGCUAGGUAUAUCAGAGCCUUUAGCCAUUGUUCUAAUUUCUAUAAACAAAUAUUAUAUAAUUACAUUGUAAUGACAUUUCUUUACGUAAAGUUAAUUUGUAAUUGUUUUGAUAAUACUUACUUCGAACUGCUUCAAUAAUACCAGCCAAUUGAUCCCUGGAAAAAAGUAUCUCAGUAACAUAACUAUCUAAAUUUGCUUCGAGUUUUGAUGCAGCAUGUAAUACAGCUGCAAGUGCUAUUUGACUUGGUGCAUAUAAUAAAACACUGUCUGUUAAAAAAAUUUUUUCCAAAAAAUCAUCAAUAUUUGGUCUAAGGGAUUCUGGUUUUUCUAGUGAACUGUAACGUGUCUGGAAAAAAAUAAAUUAUUUUUCGUAUUGUAAUCAAAUUAUUUUUUUUUAACAUAAAAUAUUCAAUUAUUUUACCUUAAUGUCAAUCAUUAAUCCUUCAACUGGUCUAAAUGGAUUAUGAACAGUUAAAUUAUAAUUAAGAUGUUGCAUUAGUAAUAAUUCAUUGUUCAAUACAAUAUCUGAUGCUUUUUCACGAUCACCUUUGACAUUUGCAACAAAUUGUGAUAUUGAAACAUUAAACUCUUCAACCUAAUUAACAGAAAAGAAAAUUAAUUAACUUAUUGUAUUACAAUGAUGCCUUGUAUUAUUAAAUAGUUUUUUAAAUAUUUAACAAUGCCCACACUUUUUGGAGAAAUUAAAAUUUAAAAAUGCCAGUAUUUGUUUAAAAUUUUGAAGUAAUAAGUCAGAUAUUGUAUCAAUUAUAAUUUCAAUAUUGUAAAUUUGUAUUUGAAUUUCCAAUUUUUAACUUAACAAGCACUGUUAAAUUGCUAUAGGUAUUUUUAGUAAGUUGUUUUUUGUUUUUUUUUAGAACUAAAAAUACUGUAAAAAUUGAAUGUAAUUUUCAUCAAACAUUAAUUAAUUUAAUAAACACUUAUUAUACUGAAAAAUAAAUGCAAUUUUUACAGUGUAUACAAUU